CUACUACCUAUGAAAGGGCCAAGGCUUUCAAAAAUUCUUUCAAACAAAACUCUUUUAGCUACAACUUCUAUUUAUUCUAUAUAUAUUCAACUUAUAUUGGGUUAUAUCUAUUCAAAUUUGCCUCUGCCAGGUCACCCAACAAUAGUUGCAGCUUUACCUAAUAUUCCAAAACUGGAAGACCCACUUUUCAAGUCAUCUGAAGCUAUAACUACUAUGAAUCCCAGUAACAAUGUAGCCAUUGAAGCCAAUACUAUUCUAGAAGGACAAAAUAAUAGUGCCUCUAAUAACCCACCACUAAACAACAAUAACAAAGACAGUAAUGAUUCUGAGAAUUUAGCUUCAGAAGAAGAAACCAAAAAUUCAGAUGAAGAAUCAGAAGUCUUAAAAUAUAAUGAACAACCUGAAAGUUUGGGGUAUGAUCUUUCCAAUUCGGAUAACAGUAAAAGAAUGAGUAGUGAAUUCUAUCACAAUGACUUGGAAGAGUCCUUUUAUGACUUAGAUAUAGGCAAACUUGAUGAUGAUAACCAUGAUAAAAUAGAGGAGAUAUUAACACAUUAUA